AAAAGAGGAGAGAAUGAAGAGAGAAAGGCAAUAAAAAGGGUCCGUUGGUCAAAGGUGUGGACGGGGCUGAAGGUCCGAAACCACUCCAAGUGAGCGGGUGCCUGGCCAGGAGGUGGACAGUUCUUCAGCGCCUGCGAGGGUGAAGGAGAGACACAUUGGAAGUGCUCUGGCCGAGAAGGACGUGUGCCUCUGAAGCCCACCUGGGCCCUGUCAUAGCUUUUGGGGUCCUCCUGUUCAUUGGAGGAAGCCAUGGGCCCCUGCCGAGCCCUGGGGGGCUUUGGGGUCUGGGACUACCUAGUCUUUGCAGCCAUGCUGCUCAUCUCUGCAGGCAUCGGGGUCUACUAUGCCAUGGUGGGUGGCCAAGAGACCUCCAAGGACUUCUUGAUGGGAGGCCGCAGUAUGACAGCCGUGCCUGUGGCCCUUUCCCUGACCGCCAGCUUCAUGUCUGCCAUCACUGUACUGGGCACCCCGGCUGAAGUCUACCGUUUCGGGGCUAUGUUCAGCAUCUUUGCCAUCACCUAUAUGCUGGUGGUCAUCAUCAGUGCCGAGGUGUUCCUGCCCGUCUUCUACCGGCUGGGCAUCACUAGUACCUAUGAGUAUUUAGAACUUCGAUUUAACAGGUAUCUGCGUCUGUGUGGGACAGUGCUCUUCAUUUUACUGACGACAUUAUACACUGGAAUUGUCAUUUAUGCUCCUGCCUUAGCUUUAAAUCAAGUUACGGGAAUGGACUUGUGGGGAGCGGUGGUUGCGACAGGAGUAGUCUGUACUUUCUAUUGCACACUGGGUGGCCUGAAAGCAGUAGUUUGGACAGAUGUUUUUCAAGUGGGAAUUAUGGUUGCUGGCUUUUCAGCAGUGAUCAUACGAGCAGUGGUCGUUCAAGGUGAUAUUGGACAUAUACUAAACGAUUCCUAUCAUGGAGGAAGGUUAAAUUUCUGGAACUUUAAUCCUGAUCCUUUGCAAAGGCACACAUUCUGGACAAUUGUUGUAGGUGGGACUUUCACCUGGCUUGGUAUAUAUGGAGUUAGCCAGUCACAAGUUCAGCGAUACAUUGCCUGCAAAACUAGAUUUCAAGCAAAAUUGUCUCUGUACAUAAACCUCUUGGGACUGUGGGCUAUUCUUUGUUGUGCAGUAUUGUGUGGAUUAGCAAUGUAUUCCAUUUAUAAGAAAUGUGACCCUUGGACAGCAACAUGUAUAUCAGCACCAGACCAGCUCAUGCCAUAUUUGGUCCUGGAUAUUCUACAAGAAUUUCCAGGCAUGCCAGGGCUUUUUGUAGCAAGUGCUUACAGUGGAACAUUAAGUACGGUGUCUUCUAGCAUCAAUGCUUUAGCUGCUGUGACUGUAGAAGAUUUAAUUAGACCCUACUUCACAUCACUCACUGAAAAGAAAUUGUCGUGGAUUUCUAAGGGAAUGAGUCUCUUUUACGGUGCCGUGUGCAUUGCUAUGGCUGCUUUGGCAUCACUUCUGGGAGGUUUGUUACAGGCAGCUCUCAGUAUUUUUGGCAUGGUAGGUGGGCCUCUCCUGGGACUAUUUUCUUUGGGUAUCCUUUGUCCCUUUGCCAAUCCAGUGGGCGCAUUUGUAGGUCUCAUUUCUGGAUUCACUGCUUCUCUUUGGGUUGGAAUUGGAGCUCAGAUUUACCCUCCACUUCUCCACACCACCAUGCCAUUAAGUCUAUCUACUGUAGGCUGUAAUGCAAGCAGUCCAAGCACAGGAAGCUUCUGGAAUGCCUCUGCAGAAAUGCCAGCAUUUACAGCUUCUUUGAAAAUUCAAGAAACUGAAAGGCCAGUUCUGGCAGAUUACUGGUAUUCCUUAUCCUAUCUAUAUUUCAGCACACUUGGAACACUGGUCACAAUUGUUAUGGGAAUAGGUGCCAGCCUUUUGACAGGAGGAUUGCGACAGAAUGUGGAUCGGAAAUUCAUGCUCACCAAAGAAGAUUUUCUGUCUAAUUUCUCCUGUUUGAAACCGAAGAAAGAAGAGAAAGUCAGAGUUUUAACUUGGAAACCUUUCACUGUGACAGAUGAAGGAACUGAUAAUCCAGCCUUCAAUCAUAUUGAAAUGAAUUUCACAGACAGUGAUGAAAAAGUCAACAGUGUUCAUACAUGA